AUGCUACCACAGGUACAAAGAGCUGAUGAUCCCGAACGGAAUGCUCCGGUUGAGAAAUCCUCUCAAACCAAUGCUGAAUCGGACGCUGUUGAUCGGAAUGUGAACUCUUAUUGCCCAAAAAAGUGGCAGAGUCACGUCACCAUCCUGAGUUGUUACAUCGCAAACUUCAGCGACGGUUUCCAAAACAGCCUUGCCAAUCCGACCAAUGUCAUUUUCAAAGAGCUUCUCGGAGCUGGUGGCUACUCCUCUGACAUGAAAACACGGAUUAGCAACUCCUUGAUCAUCGGUGCCAUUCUGGGGGUUGUUGUUCUGGGAUAUACCUCCGACAUGUUCUCUCGACGAUCAGGCCUGCUCUUCACCUCAGGCUUAGUUGCCAUCGCUACGUUGUUGUCGACACUUGCUCUACAAGUGCGUCCUUCUGAGAACAUGCUGUGGUAUUUUGUCGUAGUUCGUGGAGUUGCUGGCUUUGGUGUCGGCGGUGAAUACCCACCCAGUGCAGCCGCCGGUCUCGAGGAAUCCGACGAGAUCAUGAGAGCUUAUCGCGGGCCACUUUUCGUGUCCUUUACGACACUGAUGGCUACCUUAGCUAGCCCAAUCCUGCAGAUCGUUUAUCUGAUCUGUUUGGUUGCUAGCAACAACAAUCUCACCAUCACCUUCCAUGCGAUCUACGGUAUCGCCGCUGUUUUACCGGUAGUCAUCAUUGUCUUGCGUAUUUUCAUGGUUGAUUCGACACUAUUUCAUAACUCCAACUUCAUCAAUCGGCGACGGUCCUUUCGGCUUUAUCUACUUCUUGCCCGUCGGUAUUGGUGGCGUAUCUUCACCACGUCCCUGGCUUUCUUUCUGUACGAUUUUAUCAAUUUUCCGAACAGUAUCAUGUCUAGCUCUAUCAUUGCUUCAUUGGUGAAGGACAAUGACAUCCGGAAAACCGCCAUCUGGCAGGUAGUCCUCGCCGUUCUUCCCGUGCCAGGUGUGAUGGUAGGAGCCUGGCUCACGAACGCUAUUGGUCGACGCAACACCGGCAUUAUGGGCUUCGCAGGGUAUAUGCUCCUGGGAUUUAUCAUUGGCGGUACCUACUCGAGACUGUCAAAGAAUAUUGCCGCUUUUGUGGUGCUCUACGGUCUUCUCCAGGCAUUUGGCCAUAUGGGACCCGGGGCGACUAUUGGUCUGAUCUCUUCUGAGGCGUUUCCGACCGCGAUGCGAGGUAUGGGAUACGGCAUUGCAACCGCCUUUGGGCGGACUGGCGCUGCGGUUGGGACGGAAUGUUUCACACCCUUGCAAGAAGUUGCUGGAAGUAGUUCGACAUUCUAUCUGGCUGGUGGAGUGGCGGUCAUUGGCAUUUUGGUAUAUUGUCUACUGCCCGAGAGUAGCGGCCUUGAUUUGGCUCAGGAGGAUCGAGAACUUGAGGGAUUUUUGGCGGAGCGUGGAUAUAGCAUGGAGAAAGACACUUCAUUGAGCUGA